AUGGCACGAAUACACCUGCUAGCCCGGUUGGCGGUGACAGCCAGCAUGUCUCAGAUAGCAGCGGCAAGUUUCUGGACAGCGACGGAAAUAUUCGGCCUUUACCCGCGACCUGCGCCUGAAGAUUGCGACCCGCGCGGUACAACUGGGAGGUGGUCAUGCACCGGAACAACGACCAUUUACUUACCGGUGACACAUACAACCCCACUACCAGGCGUUACACCAGACGCAACUACAACCACUAGUCACGUUGGUUGGGAUCUGGAGGUAGUCAAGUAUUACUAUCCCGUCGGCGCCUUUCCCACCACCGACCUGUAUACCAGCCCGAAGCAAUUGGACCCCGAAAGGGGGCGGUAUAACUAUGAUUGGUUUGUUGACGUGACGUUCACGGCGCCAACCAGCUGCCCGACCCCCUUCGAACAUACCAGCAAGAUCGAUAUCGAAUGGAGCGCAAGUGUUCCGAGACCGCUCAGCGCGAUCCUGAGCUCCAAGGCCAGCAUCGAAACAGAGGUUGUCGCAUAUACAAGAACUGUAAGGGAUUCCACCGACAGGCGUGAGGAAACCUCCCACUUCACAUACACAACGCUGCAUGUCAAGGCAACCGACCUUCCCCCAGCGCGCAGACCGGAAGCGGACAUGGACCGUUGGCGGUCUACUAACGAUGUCUACAUGCGAUAUCUUCGGGACUGCUAUCUCCCAGGAAUGGAGGAUCCACGCCCCACGCCAAAAGCGAACGCCAAAGACACCUGCCCUCACAGAAUUGCGGACCGCUGCAGCAAAAUCCCCGAGUGGGCCGCCGUCCUCAUUGGCGGUGUCGCGGGUCUUUUUGUUCUUGGCUUUGUCGAGAACUUUAUGUGUUUCAGGAAACUGAUGCAAGGCAGAUGGUGCCUUCGCUGCGGGACAGUAUCUUGGUGGCUGUUCGCACCGUUGCUCAUGAUCUUCGUCACCAAAUACGAGCUGAACAGAAAUGCCGACGAGCAGGAGCAAUUGGAGAAGCAGUGGAAGGAGAUGCCGUUUUGGUUGAAGAUAAAACUGUGGCUUCAGUGGGGGUUUCGACUCAAAUAUCCGGAGCGCUGGGUGGGGCCUAAAAAGCCGGUUGGUGUGGGGGAAAGUAUUGAAAUGGGAAUCAGUGGUGCUAAUGGUGGAGGAGGUAGUGGUGCGACUGGAGGUACGCCGCCGAGAGCACCGGCAGCUCGACAGGAUGACACGCCUCUGCCAGUUUAUCCCGGCCCUCCUUCCUCAAGCGUCACUGAUGUGCAUUCCAUGCACAGUAGGACGACGUCUCCUAUUCGGGGGCCGGUCUUGGGGAACCCAAAUGCAGUUCUUGGAUCUGUGCUGGGUUCUGAUAGUGUGGUCAUUGGGCCGGCCAUGAGCACAGGUCAGCAGACACCUGCUUCUCCGAGGCGACAAGAUACGGAUGAGGGUCCAGCUGGCGGUGGCAUAAGGGCUGUUUAG